AUGUCAACUGAGGGCGAUUCAGGUAUGCUGCUGCUUUUUAGAGCAGAGUCAGAUGAUCCGCCUGCAGGACCAGAAGACGAGGAUGAUGAUGCCGAGAACAAGAGAGAACCUGUGGACACAAACGAAGAGGUCGACGAACCCCGUAGCGAGCAGCGACCUUUCUCGGACGUGAUUGAUCGCCCAGUUUCCGAUUUCAACUCAAUGUCUUCUCAAAGAUCAUCUGAAGAAAAGACAGGACAUGAUGAUGGAAUUGAUACAUGUGCUGAGAUUGAAUGCAACUAUGAUGAAAUUGUGGAUACUUUUGAUGGCAUGGAUUUGUGUGAGAGCUUAUUACGAGGAAUCUAUGCCUAUGGUUUUGAGAAACCAUCCCUCAUCCAACAGAGAGCUAUUGUUCCUUGUAUAAAAGGUUGUGAUGUAAUUGCCCAAGCACAAUCAGGAACAGGUAAAACAGCAACCUUCUCUAUUGCCAUCUUGCAGCAACUCAAUGUAGAUCUAAUGGAAUGCCAAGCUUUAGUGUUAGCACCCACCAGAGAAUUGGCUCAGCAGAUACAAAAGGUAGUUUUAGCUUUGGGAGAUUAUAUGCAGGCUCAAUGUCAUGCAUGUAUAGGUGGAACUAAUGUAAGAGAUGAUAAACUACGUCUUUCUCAAGGUGUACACACUAUUGUAGGAACUCCAGGACGUGUGCUUGAUAUGAUCCAAAGAGGAUAUUUGAAAACAAAUAAUAUCAAGAUAUUUGUCCUUGAUGAAGCAGAUGAAAUGCUUUCACGUGGAUUUAAAGAUCAAAUUUACAAUGUUUUUAGGUGUAUGCCAGAAAAUAUCCAAGUUGUACUUUUGUCAGCCACAAUGCCUCGGGAUGUAUUUGAGGUGACCACACACUUUAUGAGAGAUCCUGUGAAGAUUUUAGUAAAAAAAGAAGAACUUACUCUUGAGGGUAUUAAACAAUUUUAUAUCCAAGUUGAACGAGAGGAAUGGAAAUUGGAUACUUUAUCUGAUUUGUAUGGCACUCUAACUAUCACCCAGGCUGUUAUAUUUUGCAAUACACGGAGGAAAGUAGACUGGCUCACAGAUAAAAUGAUGGAAAGAGACUUUACUGUUUCUUCUAUGCAUGGGGACAUGGACCAAAAAGAAAGGGAUGUAAUUAUGCGAGAAUUCCGCUCUGGUUCAAGCCGUGUGCUCAUCACAACUGAUCUUCUGGCACGUGGGAUUGAUGUGCAGCAAGUAUCCCUGGUCAUUAAUUAUGAUUUACCUACAAACAGGGAAAAUUAUAUACACAGAAUUGGCAGAGGAGGACGUUUUGGACGUAAAGGAGUUGCCAUCAACUUCAUCAUCCAGGAGGAUGCACGCAUUCUUCAAGAUAUUGAACAAUUUUACAACACAUCAAUUGAAGAGAUGCCCAUGAAUGUUGCUGAUUUAAUUUGA